AUGGCAGACAUGCAGGGACUGAUGGAGAGGCUGGAACGUGCGGUCAGCCGGCUGGAGCAGCUGUCUGCAGAGCCUCUCAGGCCGCCUGGGGCCUGUGGAGAAGUUAAUGGUUCCUCUUCCACAGACAUGGCACCCUCCGUGGAAGCCUUUGAUAAGCUGAUGAAUGGGAUGGUGGCCGAGUUUUUAAAGAACAGUAGAAUCCUUGCUGGUGACGUGGAAACUCAUGCAGAAAUGGUGCACGGAGCGUUCCAGGCCCAGCGGGCUUUCCUUCUGAUGGCCUCUCAAUACCAACAACCCCAAGAGAACGAGGUGGCUACACUACUGAAACCCAUUUCAGAGAAGAUUCAGGAAAUCCAGACUUUCCGAGAGAGGAACCGGGGGAGUAACAUGUUUAAUCAUCUUUCAGCUGUCAGCGAAAGCAUCCCUGCCCUAGGAUGGAUAGCCGUGUCCCCCAAACCCGGCCCUUAUGUCAAGGAGAUGAACGAUGCUGCUACCUUUUACACUAACAGGGUCUUAAAGGACUACAAACACAGCGAUUUACGCCACGUGGACUGGGUGAAGUCAUAUUUGAACAUUUGGAGUGAGCUUCAGGCUUACAUCAAGGAACACCAUACCACAGGCCUUACCUGGAGCAAGACAGGUCCUGUUGCAUCUACCACAUCAGCAUUUUCUGUCCUGUCAUCUGGGCCUGGCCUUCCACCACCUCCCCCUCCACCGCCUCCUCCAGGACCACCUCCACUUUUUGAGAAUGAAGGCAGGAAAGAGGAGUCCUCUCCUUCACGAUCAGCUUUAUUUGCCCAGCUCAACCAGGGAGAAGCCAUCACAAAAGGGCUUCGGCAUGUCACGGAUGACCAAAAGAUUUACAAGAACCCCAACCUGCGUGCUCAAGGACAGAUUCCGUCUCCCACCAAAACCCAUUCCCCAAGCCCCACGUCUCCCAAAUCUCACGCUCCUCAGAAACAUGCUCCAGUGUUUGAAUUGGAAGGAAAAAAGUGGAGAGUGGAGUACCAAGAGGACAGGAAUGACCUUGUCAUUUCAGAGUCUGAACUGAAACAAGUGGCUUACAUUUUCAAAUGUGACAAAUCUACUCUCCAAAUAAAAGGGAAAAUAAAUUCCAUUACAAUCGAUAAUUGUAAGAAGUUUGGCCUCGUGUUCGACAAUGUGGUGGGAAUUGUGGAAGUGAUUAACUCCAAGGACAUCCAAAUUCAGGUACUAGGGAGAGUGCCAACGAUUUCCAUUAAUAAGACAGAAGGCUGCCACAUAUACCUCAGUGAAGAUGCAUUAGAUUGCGAGAUUGUGAGUGCCAAAUCAUCUGAAAUGAAUAUACUUAUCCCUCAGGAUGGAGAUUAUAGAGAAUUUCCUGUUCCUGAACAGUUCAAGACUGUGUGGGAUGGAUCCAAGUUGGUCACUGAACCUGCAGAAAUUAUGGCAUAACCUCCACAAACUGAAACCCCCUCAUUCAAGUCUCUUUUAUCAUGCAAACAAACAAACAAAAAACACGCAGCAUUAAAGAGCUAGAAGCCACAGUGGCAACUACUGCUUUAGUUUAAGCCUCCAGCAAUUCUGUGCUAUAAAAUCAGUGUCAUUUUCUGGCAUGCUUUGUGGGCAUUUUUGAGAUAUUUAACAUUUCUUCAUAAUUUGCCUUUUUGUGAUUUUAGUUCCACAUAGUAAGUUAUAAGCACUGCAAACUUAAAAGAAAAAAACAAGAAAAUUAACUCUGUUCCUUCCAUAUCAACACAGUAACCAAUAAGUAAAAAUUCUGCAUGAUUCAAUUCUACACUCAUGUUUAAUUGUUAGCUCAAGAACAAAACCUUUGAGAAUUUGUGUAAAUGUUAAACAAUUUGAUAUGGUGUCAUAGCCCUGUACUGGAAGACUAGGAGAUUUUUUUCCCUUCAUUUUACUACAUGUUCACCUCUUUCUUAGCAUGGAUGCAUCAUUAGCAUGAAUAUUUAUUUCAAUCCACAUUUCUUAAAAGCAUAAGAAAAUUCUAUGGGAGGACCAAAUGCAGUGUGUUGGUCCUUAGAAAACUAAUAUUCUUUGUAGUUACUAAAACACAAAAAUAGGUCUAACUAGGUCUAAUUUUUCAAGCAGGUCACUUGGGAGGAAGCAGUUUCUCUUUUUCCUUUUUCUCUUUUUUCUUUUUC